AUGGCGGGCUCAAGCGCAGCGAGUCUCUCCAGUGCAGAUAGCGACGAGGCUGCCAAGCAGAUCCACGCACUCUACUGCUUCGAUGUCCUCUCCGCACGCUUAUCGGGCUCACCGAUCCCCUCUCCGUCGUUCGAUGACCGAUUACAGGCCUACCCGUUAUUCGUCACUUGGAAUAUCCAGUCGAGCAGUUCAUCCAAACGCUCGCCGAGGUUGAGGGGCUGCAUCGGCAAUUUCACUGCUGCACCGCUCGGCACCGGUCUGCGAGAAUACGCAGAGAUCUCCGCGUUUAAAGAUAGUCGAUUCAACCCCAUCAACUCGGCUGAGCUACCGCGAUUGCAAUGCAGGCAAGCAUCACGCCCCUACAGCGUCUCGCUUCUCACGCAUUUCGAGGAAGCAGACGAUUAUCUGGACUGGCAGAUCGGGCAGCAUGGCAUCUACAUCCAUCUCCCCGAUCCACAUGACCAUACGAGAUCAAUCGCACAAUCACUCUCGCGACGAAGCGCACGAGAGCUCUCUGCAACCUACUUGCCUGACGUCAUGCCCGAGCAAGGCUGGUCAAAGCCAGAAGCAGUCAAGUCUGCCGUUCGCAAGUCUGGCUAUUCUGGGCGAAUCACCCAGGAAAUACUGAACAGCAUAAGAUUGACGCGCUAUCAAAGCAGCAAAGUCACCGUCACUUAUGACGAAUGGCGAGCAGCAUCAGCAGCUAGUUCGCUCGCAUCCUCGCCUUCACCGGUCUCAUCCUGA